AACUACAGACCGGAAGUGUUGGCUGAAGGCGACGCGGGCCGGGCCGGGCGCCAGUCGCCACCAUGGAACCGGACGGAGAGCAGCUGUCCACGCGACCGGCCCUGGAGACCGAGGGGCUCCGCGUCCUUCACGCCACGGUGGGCUCCCUGCUGGCCACCUAUGGCUGGUACAUCCUCUUCAGCUGCAUCGUCCUCUACGUGGUCAUCCAGAAGCUUUCCACUCGUUUGAGGGCCUUGAGGCAGAGGCAGCUGGAACAAGCGGAGGCCGCUGUGGAACCUGAUGUGGUUGUUAAACGACAAGAGGCCCUAGCAGCUGCCCGUUUGAGGAUGCAAGAAGAACUCAACGCGCAAGUGGAAAAGCACAGGGAAAAGCUGAGGCAGCUUGAAGAAGAGAGGCGGAGACAGAAGAUUGGAAUGUGGGACAGCAUGCAGGAGGGCAAAAGCUAUCGUGGAAAUGCAAGAAAGCCUCAGGAAGACAACACUCCUGAGCCUUCUACAUCAUCUGUCAUCCCCAAACGGAAGUCUGACAAAAAGCCUUUGCGGGGAGGGGGUUAUAACCCUCUGACGGGUGAAGGCAGCGGCACCUGCUCCUGGAGGCCAGGCCGCAGGGGCCCAUCGGGUGGAUGAAGCUAGGAAUCCUCGUCCUAGUGUUGUUUCUGGCAUUAGCGAGAUGAACCCUUGAUGCUCCAUUCAAUUGCCUUACGCACGCUUUUCGCAGUGGCUAGCGGGGGAAGUGGGCUGACGCCUGCCCUUGGUGCAGCGAAGGACUCGGUCGGGUGGGUGCGAGCAUUGCCCCCUGCACACUCUGAGGCCCAGCGGGUGACCACUGACUUCCUGGCUGGCCGCUAGCAGACGAGGCAGGGAGCACCCACGAGAGUCCCUGCGCCGUGCGUGGAAUGAUGUCUUCCUUAUAAAUGGUGAGCCACCAGUGAGGAUUACUGAUGCGACAGUUGAUGGGGUUCCUUCCUGUAUAGUCACCUGUACAGAACUUUGUAGAAGAGAAAUUGUGAAUAUUAAAAAGGAAAAAACCAACAAAACCAGA